GUUAUAAUAUAUGUAAUGGAUAUAUAUCUUGUAUAUUUUGUUGACAUUGUGACAAACACUUGAUCAUGUUGAUCUAUCAAUCUAUUUAAAGAACUAAUAGAUAUGGAAGGUGAAAUAUUAGCACUUAGACUGUGAAGCCACCACAAGUUUGAUUGCUGGCAAAUCCGAAUAAAAAAAUCAAGAUAGAUAUGAAAAUCUAUGAACUACAUUAAAAUCUCAAACCAGGAAACUUGCAACAUACCAGUAACCCGACCUUAUUGAUAAUACUUUGAGACACAAUAUCAGACUAAAUCAGCGGUCAAUUGAUAAAGAAUUAUUAUUUCGUUAGUGGUCACAAUGAGAAACCAUGGAGAAUAAAAGUAAAUCUUUAGAAAGUUAUCAUUGGGAAAACAAUUAUGAUAGAAAAAUAGUUACUGAAAACUUAGUUCUAAUGAGCGACUUGGCAUCAAAAAGCUGCCAAAAGACUAUUGAUAACCCGAUAGACUUGAAUGAGGAACAUGCUCAUUUGGUUAAAUAUGGGAAUAGCGAAAAACAUGUUAACGAAUCUGUUGACCAAUCACACGAUACAAUCUUCUUUUAUAAUAUGAACGAAAAAACUCCUACUGAAAAUCAACAAGAAGCAACUCACGAGUUAAUAGAUGUCGCAAAAAUUGAAACCAAGUCUAGUGUCAACGAAGUUCGUCAGAAGACCGUAACAAAUACAAAAUAUCUAAUGGAUCUAAAUACUAAAACAGAAACAUCGCAAGACGAAUUACAUGUUGUAAAUCCAUUGUCGACAAGUUCAAAGGUAGGCGAUGUCCUGAUGAUGCAAAGACCACCGUCACACAUUACUAUCUAUAAAAUGACACAAACAAACACACCUUCAAAAGAAGUAAAACAAAUUGAUUUAGACAAAAUAACUGAAGAGGUAGAUACAAAUGAUUUGGAUUUUGAUGAUAUUUUUGAAAAUGGCAUAGAAAUAGGAAAUUCUACAUUUUACAUAUAUAUUGAAUCCACUUUGGAAUCGAUACAAAAGGAGAAAAGUGAUUAUUUACUUGGAACAAAUAGUGAUGAUUGGGUACACUCCGAUAAAGACCUAUUGUCUUGUAGCAUUGCCGAUGAUGACACGGAUUCGAAUGUUUUACACUCAUCUUUACAAUUGAUGAAAUAUGAUGAGAGUGAGGCUGGCAGAAGUUGUAUGGAUUGUAUUAAACCAGUACAAGUUAAAACCUGGAAGGAAAUCAACCAAGGUGACCAUAUUAUUCUUUCAAGGAGUUUCUAUGACCAUCACGCAAUUGUCGUUAGAGUAUUUCCACCGAAUGAUGAUAACAGUAAUCAAGUUGAUUUGGAAAUAAUUCAUCAAACAAACAGUGCUAUGGGUGCCGUUAGGGAUAGUAUACGUCGUAAAGGAAAACUAGCUAAAUUAAAACGUGCUACUGAAACUGUCAAUUUAAAGACGGAUAUAGUUAGGGUUUGUAAAUAUUGGGGAAGUAUAAAGCCGAGAUCCCCCGAAGAAGUUGUUAAACGGGCAAUUGAAGCUUUGCAUGGAGCCAAGGAAGAAUUUGCGUAUGAUAUUUGGGAUAAUAAUUGCGAACAUUUUGUUUCUUGGUGUGUUACCGGAAAAAAACUCAGCAUUCAGAUAAGAAAAGCUGUGGUUGUUUUUAAAAUAUGUUUUCAGUUACAGAAAGGAUUACGUGGACUAAGUGACGAGCUAUUAAGGAACCAGGUCGAAUAUAAACAUGGCAUGCUUUGUAAAACGUGCUUCGAGAGAAAUGAGAAAAUGCUUAGUGUUACAAAAAAGAAAGUUUGGCUUAAGGACGACUUACAAAAAGGUGACAUAAUUUUGUAUGGAUAUUUCAAACUUCUGCACUGUUCAGUUGUUCUUGACAUUAUCAAACGCAAAGAAAAGUAUAUUAAGUGCGAAAUUGCACACUAUGCAUUCAAUGGACCGCUUAAACAGAAAAAAAUACAAAGUGAUAUUUUGAAAGUUCCAUUUAAUGGAACUGUUUCAGUAUUUGAUUAUGAGAGUGAUUUUACAACUUAUGAUCCUGAAGAGGUAGUUAGUCGAGCUAGGGAGCGGAUAGGAGAAAAAAUGUUUUCUUAUUUUUCUAAUGACUCGAGCCAUUUUGCCCGCUGGUGUAAACUAAAAUUGUUAAACUAGUGUAAAUUGAUACUUUUGUUCACUCUAGAAUUUAAAACGAACCUAUGAGUUGGACUGAACUAUUCGAUUGCUGAUUCUGAUCAUUUGUUUGUCUGGUCUCAUUUAAAGACAAAAAAAAAAUUUUGAUUGUUUGCUGUUUCCUACUAACCUUCUUUGUAAAUAGCCUAUCCAAAACUUUUCGAUACAAAUCGUUUCAAAUUUAUUAUAUUUUAAAGAUUUCAUUCUGCUAGAAUGUCGUCGAUCGUGUCUAAAA